GUGGAGUCUGGGCAUUCGCUCGCUAGACAGUGAACGCGGCGCAGGGCGUGCCGGGAAGGCAGAGUCUUCCUGCGGGGCAGCCAUCUUGUUCUCCUCGCCAGGGCCGAGCUGAGGGGCGCCGAAGGAUGAAGGGGUUCCCGGUGGUUGCGCGCUCCCUCUCGAAGAGACUUUACUCACUUAAGGUUGCUCCUAAAGUUGCAACCUCAGCAACUGCAGAACGAGUGAAGUUAUCUCCAGAGUCUGAGGAUCUUGAGAUAACAAAACUACCAAAUGGCUUAAUUAUUGCGUCUCUGGAAAAUUUUUGUCCAGCUUCAAGAAUUGGUGUGUUUAUUAAAGCAGGCAGCAGAUAUGAAACCGCUAGUAACUUGGGAACUGCUCACUUGCUUCGUCUUGCAUCUAAUUUGACUACUAAAGGAGCAUCUUCUUUCCGGAUUACUCGUGGCAUUGAAGCUGUUGGGGGUAGCCUGAGUGUGUACUCAACAAGAGAGAAAAUGACUUACUCUGUUGAAUGCCUGCGUGACUACGUCGACACAGUAAUGGAGUACCUUCUUAAUGUUACCACGGCAUCAGAGUUCAGACCAUGGGAAGUAGCUGAUCUUCAGCCACGAUUAAAAGUUGACAAAGCAAUCGCAUUUCAGAAUCCUCAAGUUGGAGUGCUGGAAAACUUGCAUGCUGCAGCUUAUAAGAAUGCUCUGGCAAACCCCUUAUAUUGUCCAGAUUACACAAUUGGAAAAAUUACUUCUGAGCAGCUUCACCAUUUUGUACAGAACAAUUUCACCAGUGCGAGAAUGGCUCUUGUAGGAAUAGGUGUAAAGCACUCUGACUUAAAGCAAGUUGCAGAGCACUUUCUAAAUAUCCGAAGUGGAGCUGGUAUUUCGAGUGCAAAGGCUGUCUAUCGAGGGGGAGAAAUCAGAGAGCAGAAUGGUGAUAGCCUUGUCCAUGCUGCUAUCGUAACAGAAGGAGCUGCUGUUGGAAGUGAAGAAGCAAACGCGUUCAGUGUUCUCCAGCAUGUUUUAGGUGCUGGACCCCUUAUCAAGAGGGGAAGCAAUGUUACCAGCAAAUUGUCCCAGGGUAUUGCUAAAGCAACUACCCAGCCAUUUGAUGCUUCCGCAUUUAAUGUUAAUUACUCUGAUUCUGGGCUCUUUGGGGUUUAUACCAUAUCCCAGGCUCCAAAUGCUGGGGAGGUAAUUAAAGCUGCUUUGAACCAGAUAAAGGCAGUUGCUCAGGGUAGCAUCACCGAUGACGAUGUCAAAAAGGCAAAAAAUCAGCUGAAAGCCACCUAUUUGAUGUCAGUGGAGACUGCAGAAGGGUUACUGAAUGAAAUUGGCUCCGAGUCACUGGUUUCUGGCACACACACAUCACCAUCUGUUGUUGCUCAAAAAAUCGACUCUGUAGCCACUGCUGAUGUUGUGAAUGCUGCAAAGAAGUUUGUCAAUGGGAAGAAAUCAAUGGCAGCUAGUGGGGAUUUGGGAAAUACUCCUUUUCUUGAUGAGUUGUAAAAGCAAAACUGGGAUGCGGAUUCAAGAUGGACCUGAGCUCUAAGUCACCUAUGUUCUAAAUAAAUUACUACUAACUUGUUAUUUAUGAAUUCAUUUCUUUCAGAAAUUUAAUCUGGAGUAAUUGUGGGCUUGCACUCAUCAAAUAAAGUGCUGAGUUCAUACA